AUGGCCUCCUUCUCGAGAGGUCUCGGCCUCCGCCUGUCCCUCCUGGCCUCAAGAGGCCCCCUUCUCGCGACACCGCAGCCCCUCGAACCCUUUUCCCAACGCCUCUUCAGCUCCCUCGGCCCCUUGCGGCACGCCGCGAAACCUCCCUCGAAGCCCUCCGCAUCUUCGCGCAUAGCGAAGAGCUUAUCUCGCAAUGCAGCCGCCACGAAACCCCCGACCGCGAAGCCGACCGCCCCCGGCCCGACGACACCCCGUGCCCCCUCCUCGCCCGCUACACCUUCUAGCGGCUCCGGCUAUGCCUUGAUCAAGCAGCUCGCGCAGCGCAGCCAGCCGACGGUGCUCUACGAGGCCGUCUCGCACUUUUGGAUGAAGCUCUCGGCGUGGUCUGCCAUGCUCAUGUUCUACUCCUACGCCGGCAUCAACUACUACACCAUGCUCCUCAACCCGCCCGAGGACAUUGCCGCCUGGGUCCCGCACGCCUUCGCCGUCAUCUGCGUCGCCAUGGCCGGCUUCGGCUCCUACUUCUUCUACAACACCCACAACAUUAUCCGCCUCGUCCGCGCCGUGCCCACCGCCCUCCUCACGCCCUCCACUCGCGGCGUGCCCUUCGGCGCUGCGCUGAACCCCAAGACGACGCCGGUCCAUCUUGAGAUCACCUGCAAGCGUAUGCUCCCGGGCCGCGCCAAGGUGCUCGUCGUCCCGCCCGAGCAGGUCUCGAUGCCCGGGCGCAUCGUCGUCGCGCAGGCGGCGGCGACGGCGACGCGGACGCCGUACCUGUCGCCAGCGCAGGAGCGCGCCGCAUCGCGGCAGAAGAAGGCCCAGGCGCAGGCCGAGUGGGAGUAUGACAAGAACCACCUCAUGACGGUGCCCUUCCGCCACGCGGGCAAGGGCUUCAAGGCCGCGUGGUACGGCGUCCGGCGGGCCAUCACCAAGGAAGGGUUCAUGAAGAUGGAGGCCGGCGGCCACAAGCUCAAGCUGGAUGUCGCAUCCGGGUGGGCGCUGGACGACGGGCGUGCGAUUGACCGGCUGGUCAAGAUUGGGACCUGA